AUGACGAAACACAGCAAGAACAACACCGCGUCCUCCAUCUUCUCCUACGCAGAAUACAAGAAGCUCGACUAUGGCACAAAACGCCAACGGCUAGGAAACGAGUCCAUGCGCCGCUUCGACGCCUGCGCCCUCUGCUUGCAGCGCGCCCGCGACCCCGUCGCCUGCAACGAAGGCCACCUCUUCUGCAAAGAAUGCAUCUACACAGACCUCCGUGCGCCCCUCCCUCCCCUCCACGCCCUCGCCACUUCGGUAUUGGUAUCAUGUGCGCAUGCUGAUUCCGCGCCCCCGGCCCCAGUCACGCAGAAAAAGGACAUCAAGCGCCAGAAAGCCCGCCUCGCCGCGCUCAGGAAAGACGCAGACGCGGAAAAGACAGCCGCCCAGGCCGCCGCGCGCGCACGCGUCCUCGCAGAGUUCGAGAAGGGCCAGCUCGGCCUCGCGAACCCCGCGACCAUCACCACCUCCGGCGACGCAAAGGACGGCGAACCCCGCGGCACGAAGCGCAAAUUCACAUUCGACGCCUCCGCCGCCGAAGAGCUCGCACAGGCCGCCGAGGCCGCCGCCGCGCGCGCCAUCGAGCGCGAGCACGCCGCCGCGCUCAAGGACAAGCUCCCUGACUUCUGGCUCCCGUCGCUCACGCCUACCUACUCCUCCUCCGCCUCCGGCGGGGCGCCGGCGUCGCUGGAGGACGUGCGCGUGCAGACGAGCUGUAGGGGCGGGAGCGUGGGCCAUCCGAUCGCGUUGAAGAACCUCGUGCCGGUAUCCUUCAGCAUCCUCCCGCCCUCGGCGAUCCCCACCGCGGCUCCAACCCCAACCCCAACCCCAACUCCAACUCCUGCAGCAGCAGGAGACGCCGCGCCAGACGCGGUGCAGGGCGCGAGCAGGGCGCCGCGCGCGGCGCGGGCGGAGGACGGCACCGCGAUGUGCCCGGCGUGCAAGAAGGAGCUGUCGAAUAGCCUGCAUAUAUUCCUGAUGAAGCCGUGCGCGCACGUCGUGUGCAGGACGUGCACGGACACGCUCGUGCGCCCCGCGAUGCAGUGCGUCGUGUGCGACCGGGAGCUCAAGCCGGCGGACGUGCUGGAGCUCAAGCGCGAAGGUACUGGGUUUGCGGGGGGCGGGAUGGCGGAGACGUCGAAGACCGGGAUCGCGUUUCAGGGGUGAGGGUGAGGGUGAGGGGUGCGGAAGUGCGCGCGUGUAUCAUAUGCGGUGUGUUUUUGUUCGUCGUCCGUCUAGGGCUGUUGCAACGGGUCUCAGAGUCUGCCUCGUAGUGCUCUAUGUAUAGUGCUUUUGGCU